AUGGCGGCUCUGGCAGUGGAGGGUGCAGCUGUAACGGCGCUUCGGGCGGUAUUUCAUCGAGUCCGGCAGGCGGCAGAGAGGUCCGGCCGUUCGUCCAGCGACGUGAGGGUGGUGGCCGUCGGCAAGACCAAACCCGUCUCCCUCAUCCAACAAAUCUAUGACGCAGGUCACCGGUGCUUUGGUGAAAAUUAUGUCCAAGAAAUUGUUGAAAAAGCCCCUCAGCUGCCGGAGGACAUUGCUUGGCAUUUUAUCGGGCAUUUGCAAAGCAAUAAAGUGAAAACUCUAUUGACUGCUGUCCCAAAUUUAGAUAUGGUUGAGGGCGUGGACAAUGAGAAGCUUGCUAGUCAUCUGGACCGUGCAGUUUCAAGCUUCGGGAGGCAUCCUUUGAAGGUCUUGGUUCAAGUUAAUACCAGUGGAGAAGAAUCAAAAUCUGGUGUAAAUCCUACAGAUUGUGUAGAUCUUGUAAAGCAUGUCAAGCUGGGUUGCCCAAAUCUUGAGUUCUCUGGCUUAAUGACAAUAGGGAUGCCCGACUACACGUCAACUCCUGAGAACUUCAAGACUCUAUUAGACUGUAGAGCCAAGGUAUGCGAGGUGCUUGGCAUGGCAGAAUCCCAAUGUGAAUUAUCAAUGGGCAUGUCUGGUGACUUUGAGCAAGCGAUUGAAAUGGGCAGUACCAAUGUGAGAAUUGGAUCGACUAUAUUUGGACCCAGGGAAUAUCCGAAGAAGAAAUGA